GGAACAGGAGACAUGAGGUUCCAAGACACCUGUCAGGAGGACUAUACAUCCAAACGCUAUAUGUGAAGCAACCGGAGGCUGCGUGUUUGGCCAUGGGCGCGCUGGUAUCGUCAUUAUAGCCUCUCGGUGACCAAGGAGCGUAAAGUUAUUCUGCUACGUUCUUGUUCUUAUAGUCUUUCACCUUCUUCUGUUUUUUUUCAAGCCGCAUGAGUUCACCGCUGUUUUUAGGUCAGCUGGUCGGGGUUCCGUUAGAAAUAAUGCACCCUACAAUGGAGAAAGACACGACUUACACCAAGAUUUUUGUCGGCGGGUUGCCCUAUCACACCAACGACGCUUCACUUAGGAAAUAUUUCGAGACUUUCGGGGAGAUCGACGAGGCAGUGGUAAUCACAGACAAACAGACGGGCAAGUCCAGAGGAUAUGGCUUUGUGACCAUGGUGGACAGGGGGGCAGCAGAGCGGGCGUGCAAAGACGCAAACCCCAUCAUUGACGGCAGGAAGGCCAACGUGAACCUGGCAUACCUGGGAGCGAAGCCUCGCAGCUCGCAGACCAGUCUCUCUGUUGGAGUUCAGCAAGUCCAUCCUACGUGGGCUCAGAGGCAAUAUGGGCUUGCCCAGCAGUACGUCUACCCUCAGGCGUUCCUCCAGCCCAGCCUGGUGCUGCAGUCCCAGCUCAGCCCCACAGCAGCAGCAGCAGCACUCGCCUCUCCUUACCUGGAUUACAGCUCCGCCUACAGCCACUACGCCGCCACAGGACUGGAGCAGUACCCCUACACCCCUUCACCGUCGCCCUCCACUGGCUACCUCAGCUACAGCUUCUCCCCUGGCACUCCAGCGCCCGCCCUCACCGCAUCCCCGACACCUCCAGCUGCCAUCCAUCCUCCCCUGGCUGCACUCACCACUAUGUCUGCUGCCCCGCAGGCCUUCCUCCACUACCCUCUGCACCAGCCUGACCGCAUGCAGUGAGCAGCUCUGAGUGGAGCUGCAGCGGCCGAACUGAAAAUUUCCAAAAAGUGUGACUCUUGACCUGUGACAUCAUCAGGAUGAGACUGGAUACCCAGGAAGAGAGUGUGAUGUAAUCAAAAGGGCUUUCAGAAAGCACUCUUGUUCCUGUUUUUAUAUAUAUAUAUAUAUAUGUUGUAAUAGUUAAGGAAAAUGUUCUAUUGUUACAGUCAUCAGCAUACGAUCUGAAUGUUUUUCAUAAGUGGCAGAAAUCAGGGGCUGGAAUGAGACGACCCUGACCCCUGACUCUCAGCACUGAAGUUGGACACAGGCUGACUGCUGGAGAGCGGAUGGGUAAAGACGAAGAGAAAUAUGUCUGUUUGACAUGAUGCUGCGGCUGCAGUUUCUCCAAAGGUUCUGAGCUGAAUGCUGGAUUUUAGCCAGGCUGAGAGCCAGUUCCUCUUUCAGAAAUGCAGGUCCAAUUACCUCCUCUUCAAGGUUACCUUUCUGUCUAUGGCCUUAGAGAGCUCUCUCUCUCUCUCUCUCUCUGUCUCUGUCUCUGUCUCUCUCUGUCUCUGUCUCUCUCUGUGUCUGUCUCUCUCUGUCUCUCUCUGUCUCUGUGUGUGUGUGUGUGCCUGGUUCAGUUUGUUUUUUUAUUAGUCGUAAAUGAACAAAAUGUUUAUUGUACUCCCCUUUGUUCCUUUUAUCUACUGCUGACAAGUUAUUACACAGUAAUAAUCACAGUUGAACAGAAAAUGCAAUUGUGAUGAUAAAGAGCAUGUAUAAGGUAGACAACACUGGUAUUUUGUUUUUAUAUUGCUACUGCUAGAACAUUACACAGAGAAAGACUUUGUUAACACUUAAAACACAAUAGGGAAUGGAAUUCCUGCAGCCACUUGUUAGGCUAUUUUUAUUAGUAAGUUUUCUGGAUUUGGUCUUUGGGGGACUGUUUUUAUGAUAGAUUACAAAGUUGUUGAUACAUAUCAUGUAAAUGUGUUUGGAUGUAGGUGUCAAGAUGUAUGUUGUUACUGAUAUGUGUGGGUGUAUUUGGUGUCUGGUUUUGUGUGUCUUGACUGAGUGAGUGAGUGAGAGAAAAAUUGAGCGAUGCAGUACAUGCCAGUGUCAGGACCGAGCUCCUUCUCCAGCCCAUUGUACUUUGUUUCUUUGUUUUUCCCAGCUGCAGAAUACAGGCAGAUGCUUUAGAGAUGAUCCUGGAAUCUUGCGGUGCUGUGGCACCACCUUAGUAGUCCUAAACCAAGCCAUACAUCACAUUUGAAACAAAUAUGCAAAAUAAAAGGAAUAUUUCUAAAA